UUAGUAGACGGUCACAUGACUUUCAACCCGGAAGUCACGAGCAAGAAGUCUUAUUUACUAAUUGUAAACACACACGGUGAGGACACAGCGAUGAUUUACGAAAUUUUGGUGUUUUUAACAGUAUUGCUAACCACAGCAACUGUUGAGGGUUACAUCACAUGUGGAAGUGACACAGAUUUACCAACACAGUGUUACGGUUCUGGGGCAUAUUGUUGUGGACUGUACAAUGAUGAAUGCUGCUGGGAUUCUGUAUAUUCAUUCUGGUGGUUUUGGUUCAUAUGGUUAAUGGUAAUGGUUUUCAUCAUAUCAUGCGCCAUCUGUGUCUGUAUCAGACGUCGUCGUCGUUAUGUUGCUAAUCCUAGAUACGUCAUAGUUGAUGGUACCCAGGCAUCGUACGGAUCAAUACCACAAGUUUAUGGUUACCCACCUGCUGGAGCUGGAAACCAACCGACAGGGCCUCCAACGGCACCUGCAUAUCAGGAGAAGCCACCAGAAUACAGUGCUGUUGUUGCAAAUUGAGUUGUACAGGGAUCUCACUAAAUCUACUCAAGUUGUAUUUAUUCUUUAAUGAGGAAGAGCUUGUUGAUAUAGUAAAAGACAUAUUUACCUUUUCAAUGGCUGAAGAAAUUGUGAAAAAUUGUUGGACAAAUUUGUACUGCCCUUCCUAAGAACUGUGUUGAUUCUUGCUUUAGAUAUUUUCCCAAAAAAUAAUAACCAAAUUUAAGGCUAUUUCAAGAGAGAUUUUUCUAUGGAUUUUAUAGUUAAAUAAGUGCUUUAAAAAUAAGAUGUGUAUUAAAUAUUUCUUGGGCAGGAUUUGUUUGAACAUAUCUUUACUUUAUUCUGGAAGUUAUAUAAAUUGCCUUGCUUUUAUAUGUUAAAGAUGCUUCCACAUGUACAUUCCAUUUUUAUUUUUUUGGCUUUUUUUUUCACAUUGAGUAAGAAAUUGUAAGGACUGUGAGGUUUGAUUGAAAAAAAGUAUGAUCAGAAUGGUUCUAAUUUUGUAUAUUUAUGUGCAGUUAAGUACAGUCUUAAUAGUUUUUCCUAUAGACUUGCAUUCUUUUCUAACAUGUAUGAAAUAGGUAGAUGAAAGAUAAUUCAAAUUAAACAAAACAUAAAUUUACACAUCAACAUACUAUGAUGAAGUAAUGUACUGGGAAACUUACAAACAGUUUAAAUUGGGGGAUUUAUGUCAAUUUUUUCUUCAUUUUACCUUUAAUGGAAAAUUAACAGAAUUUUCAAAAUUUGUUUCUUCUGUACAGGCCUGCAAAUAUGUAUUUAUUUCGAAAAAGAUGCAAAUAACUAUGCAGAUAAGAAAAAAAAUUAAUGUAUAUAUAUCGUUCUAAAAGUGUUAAUUCUAUAAAUGUUAAGAUUAAGAAAUUGCAGUAUUUUUAGAACAAUAUGUAUGUUUGUUAUUUUGUUUUGGGUUGAGCACCAUUUUUAACAUAUAUCAGUUACUGGUACAUUAAUUUAGGAAAUACAUGCAAGUGGAUGGGGAAAAUGAUGUUGUGAUCUUUUGUUUGGCUGUUUCAACGAUCAGUCUUCCUUGGUAUGUCUUGUUAUGUCAAAUAUGAGUGAAAUGCAUAUUUUAGCAUAAUUUACCUCAUUUUUAUUGGUAAUGCUCACACUUAACUAGUCCUGAUAUACAGUAUAUCUCUAUCAAGUGACUUACCAUACUUGAUUUAACUGUAUCUCAAGUUUUAACACUUGAACUGUUUUUUUAGAACAAAAAUUUAUGUCAUUUUCUGCAGGCAGUACCACAUGAGUUUAUAGCACAGUUUAGGUUGUGCAAACUUUUUAAUUAAAAAAAAAGAUCUAUGGUGCCAUAUUAGAUUAGGACAUGAAGAUAUAAAAUGUCAGUGACUGAAAUGGACUUGAUAAGAAGUCUGGUACAGUUCCUAAAAUUUUUGGGGGAGAGGCACUUAGAUUUGCCUUUGUCCAUAUGUCUGCCUGUACAUCCGAAUUUGUGUCAUGCAUAUCUUGGUAUUUGACCUAGUCAUCAAACCUCAAAGGAUUGUUAUUCAGUAUGUGAAGUUAUGUACCUGGUGUUCAAUUUUGAUUUAACACAGCUGGACCAGAGUUACUGCCCUUGACUUAGUCAAAAUUAUGCAUACAGUGACAGGUGAGGGUGCACCAGUGUCCUAUGGACACACAUUAGUUCUAGUACUAUUAAACGGAUGUGCAAGGCUGAUCAUGAUCUACACUGGUAGCAAAGGCAGAAUCAGUCGUGUCCAGCAUAAUAAGGGUUAAUCAAUUUACAGUGGCUAAGUGCAGUAACAAUAAAUGAAUAUUAUUGCUUUUAUUUUGUAAAAUUCAGUUAGAAUGCUGUCAUUUGUAUAUAAUUAUAUUUACGUUUUUAUAUAAAGCUUUUCCCAUCACCCUCAAGAAGUUUAAAUUUAAUUUAGAAAUGAGUAAACAUUUUUCACUGACCCAUUACUUGAUUAAGAAAUGGUGAAGUAAUGUCAGUUAUUCGAAGCUUUUGCUUUUAGGUUUAAUUAGAAAUAUGUUUGUCUAGACUUCCCUUUCCUAUCAAAUAUUAAAUUUUGUGAACUUUAGCGGGAGAAUAUUUUGUUCCAUGAAAAACUUAUUUAUGCAGUGGAAUGUGUUCUUAUUUCUACAAUAAGCUGGGUAAAUUUAUAUAAUAUACCCGUAAAAGGAUGUGUGUAUGAUUCAGGGUACAUAAUUUACACACAUAAAUUCACAUGAAAUGCAACAUUAAUACUGGUGAGGCAAGGCAGUUUCCACAAAAUUGUUUGGUUCCUGCGUUUGGUCUAUUGGCUGUUGAAAAAGUGAAAAGGCUCAGAGCUGAACCAGUAAAAAUAGAAGUCCGACAACAAAUAUAUUAUUCUAGUUUUCUGAGAAAUUUAAAGGGGUUACUGUUUAUGUAUUUUAAGUUUAACAUGUCUUGACUACCUACAAUAAUAAAUGUUUCAUUUUACUUGUUAGUUAGACAAACUAUCAAAUUUAUUAUAUAAACCUUAGUUUUUAAAAUUGAUUCUGUUUUUACAUUUUACGAGGUUAUUUCAUCUAUGAAUAUGCAAAAUAUAUUUAUCAUUCUGUGUCUAUGUUAGAUUGGUUGAUGCAAGUUUUUAACCUGUUUUUCAUUCUGCACUCUGUAUUAAAUGUUGUGCAAAAUUCCUUGGUAACAGCGGUUGCUAUCAAAGUUUGAGAUUACUGCGAUGUAUGUUUUCAAGUUGAGUUUUCAGUCUUGCAUUUUAAAUUGUGUUGGUUUUAUUAGCUCACAUGUCACAAAGUGACAGUGUGAGCUUUUGUGAUCAUGCAGCGUCCGUCGUCCGUGCGUCCGUCUGUGCGUCCAUGCGUAAACUUUUGCUUGUGACCUCUCUAGAGGUCACAUUUUUCAUGGGAUCUUUAUGAAAGUUGGUCAGAAUGUUCAUCUUGAUGAUAUCUAGGUCAAGUUCGAAACUGGGUCACGUGUGGUCAAAAACUAGGUCAGUAGGUCUAAAAAUAGAAAAACCUUGUGACCUCUCUAGAGGCCAUAUAUUUCACAAGAUCUUCAUGAAAAUUGGUCAGAAUGUUCACCUUGAUGAUAUCUAGGUCAAGUUCGAAACUGGGUCACGUGCCUUAAAAAACUAGGUCAGUAGGUCAAAUAAUAGAAAAACCUUGUGACCUCUCUAGAGGCCAUAUUUUUCAUGGGAUCUGUAUGAAAGUUGGUCUGAAUGUUUAUCUUGAUGAUAUCUAGGUCAAGUUCGAAACUGGGUCAUGUGCCAUCAAAAACUAGGUCAGUAGGUCAAAUAAUAGAAAAACCUUGUGACCUCUCUAGAGGCCAUAUUUUUCAUGGGAUCUGUAUGAAAGUUGGUCUGAAUGUUCAUCUUGAUGAUAUCUAGGUCACGUUCGAAACUGGGUCAGCUGCGGUCAAAAACUAGGUCAAUAGAUCUAAAAAUAGAAAAACCUUGUGACCUCUCUAGAAGUCAUACUUUUGAAUGGAUCUUCAUGAAAAUUGGUCAGAAUGUUCACCUUGAUGAUGUCUAGGUCAGGUUCGAAACUGGGUCACGUGCCAUCAAUAACUAGGUCAGUAGGUCAAAUAAUAAAAAAACCUUGUGACCUCUCUAGAGGCCAUAUUUUUCAUGGGAUCUGUAUGAAGGUUGGUCUGAAUGUUCAUCUUGAUGAUUUCUAGGCCAAGUUCGAAACUGGGUCAACUGUGGUUAAAAACUAGGUCAGUAGGUCUAAAAAUAGAAAAACCUUGUGACCUCUCUAGAGGCCAUAUUUUUCACAAGAUCUUCAUGAAAAUUGGUCAGAAUGUUCACCUUGAUGAUAUCUAGGUCAAGUUCGAAACUGGGUCAUGUGCCUUCAAAAACUAGGUCAGUAGGUCAAAUAAUAGAAAAACCUUGUGACCCCUCUAUAGGCCAUAUUUUUCAUGGGAUCUGUAUGAAAUUUGGUCUGAAUGUUCAUCUUGAUGAUAUCUAGGUCAAGUUCGAAACUGGGUCAGCUGCGGUCAAAAACUAGGUCAUUAGGUCUAAAAAUAGAAAAAACCGUGUGACCUCUCUAGAGGCCAUACUUUUGAAUGGAUGUUCAUGAAAAUUGGUCAGAAUGUUCACCUUGAUGAUAUCUAGAUCAAGUUUGAAACUGGGUCACGUGCCAUCAAUAACUAGGUCAGUAGGUCAAAUAAUGAAAAAACCCUGUGACCUCUCUAGAGGCCAUAUUUUUCAUGGGAUCUGUAUGAAAGUUGGUCUGAAUGUUCAUCUUCAUGAUAUCUAGAUCAGGUUCAAAACUGGGUCACAUGAGCUCAAAAACUAGGUCACUAUGUCAAAUAAUAGAAAAAAAAACGACGUCAUACUCAGUUCAAAACUGGGUCAUGUUGGGACAGGUGAGCGAUUCAGGACCAUCAUGGUCCUCUUGUAAAAUACUUUUAUGUUGUUUGACUCGGCUGUAAAUACUUUGUCAGUUAAAAUGUCUUUUUUUUAUAAAUAUUAAAAAAAACUUGAAAAUGUGCCUUACUGGUAUUAGGUUUAUGAUGUCAUCCUGUUUUUCUAUAAAAAUUUGCAUUAUAGUUUCACUUAAUGAGCUUGAGGUUAAAAAAUAAAUGACUGAGCCAUGCAAUGAGAAAACCAACAUAGUGGCUCUGCGACCAGCAUGGAUCCAGACCAGCCUGCGCAUCUGCGCAGUCUUGUCAGGAUCCAUGCUGUUUGCUUUCAAAGCCUAAUGCAAUUAGAGAAACUGCUAGCGAGCAGCAUGGAUCCCGACAGCGCGGAUGCACAGGCUAGUCUGGAUCCAUGCUGGUCGCAUAGCUACUAUGUUGGUUUUCUCAUGGCGCGGCUCAUAUAUACAUGUAUAUAUAUAAAGAGGUUUUGUCAGUGCAGGUAUUGUUUUUUAGAAAGGUUGUAUUUUCUUUGACAUAAAGAUCCUUACUGACAUUUUUUUUAUGUACAUGUCCUUCAAUAGUUGUAUCUGUAGUGCUGAUAUUAACUUGUGUCUUGUAUUGCCUUCAUGUUUUUUUUAAAUAUGUGCGCUGAACUUAUUCCUCAGGGGUGGGGGGCAUUAAUAAGGGAAUAUAUGGUUAUUUAUUUGAUAUUAAAGAGAAUAUAUGGUAGAUAUAUUCCUCUCUAUGUAUUUUUAGCUCACCUGAAUGCUCAGGUGAGUUUUUGUGAUCUCUCGAUGUCUGGCGUCUGUCUAUCGUCUGUCAACAUUUAGCUUGUGUAUGAGAUAGAGGCUGUAUUUUUCACCUGAUCUUCAUGAAAUUUUGUCAGAGUGAUUGCCUUGAUAAAAUCUAGACAAGUUCGAAAAUGGGUCAUCUGUGGUCAAAAACUAGGUCAGUUGGUCAAAUCAAAGAAAAGCCUUGUGUAUGUGAUAUAGGCUGUAUUUUUCAACUGAUCUUCAUGAAUUUUGGUCAGAAUGAUUACCUUGAUGAAAUCUAGGCCAGGUUUGAAAAUGGGUCAUCUGCGGUCAACAACUAGGUCACAAGGUCAAAUCAAAGAAAAACCUUGUGUAUGCGAUAGAGGCUGUAUUUUUCAACUGAUCUUCACGAAUUUUGCUCAGAAUGAUCGAUGAAAUUUAGGACAACUUCGAAUAUGGGUCAUCUUUUAUCAAAAACUAGGUCACUAGGUCAUAUCAAAGUAAAAGCUUGUGUAUGCAAUAGAGACUGCAUUUUACACCGAAUCUUCAUGAAAUUUGAUCAGAAUGUUUGUCUGGAUGAAAUCUAGGCCAAGUUUGAAUAUGGGUCAUCUGGGGUCAAAAACUAGGACACCCAGUCAAAUUAAAGAAAAACCUUGUGUAGGCAAUAGGGGCUGCAUAUUACACUGGAUAUUUAUAAAAUUUAGUCAGAAUGAUUGCCUUGAUGAAAUCCAGGAGGAUUAUCAGUAUGGGUCAUCUGGGAUCAAAAGCUAGGUCAAAUCAAAGAAAAACGUGUUUGCCAUAGAGGCUGUAUUUUUCAAUUGAUCUUCAUGAAUUUUGGUCAGAAUGAUUUCCUUGAUGAAAUCUAGGUUAAGUUCGAAUGUGGGUCAUCUUGGGUCAAAAACUAGGUCACUAGGUCAAAUCAAAGAAAAACCUUGUGUAUGCAGUAUGGGCUGAAUUUUACACCAGAUCUUCAUGACAUUUGAUCAGAGUAUUUGUUUGGAUGAAAUCAAGGUUGAGAUUGAAUAUGGGUCAUCUAGGGUCAAAAACUAGGUCACCCGGACAAAUUAAAGAAAAACCUUGUGUAGGCAAUAUGGGCUGCAUUUUGCACUUGAUAUUCAUAAAAUUUAGUCAGAAUGACUGCCUUGAUGAAAUCUAGGCCAAGUUCAAAUAUGGGUCAUCUUGGAAUCAUGUUUACACUGUUAUGAUGUGUUUCUCAGGUGAGCGACCUAGGGCCAUCUUGACCCUCUUGUUUUAAAAUACCUUGAGGGGAAAGAGCUGAAUAUUUAUUUCAUGUGGUUAAAAAAUUUUUUAUAUCUUCCUCAUUGCAUUGCACUGAAUGGAUACAUCUGUUCAUGUUCUCAGUAGUUCAUUGAACCACUGUAGAAUUGUUUCUGAUAUUUCCUCAUCUAGUUCCCCAUAUUUUUUGCAUCAGCAUCUUGAGUGGGGUGUUCAUAUUAUGGUGAAAGGUACUUUGAAAUCAAAUAUACCUUCAAUAUUAAUUGGAAACAAAGGAGUCUAAUUUAAAUAUAUAUAUAUUAAUUACAAAGGCUUCCUUUUACAACCACAUUAGAUACAUUAUCUAUCCAAGGUUAUUAGAAUAGAACACAGUAAUCAGUACAAUUUGAACUUGAUCAUAUGUGCAUGAGUGUACGCUAUUUCAACUUAUCUUUGUAAGUUGCGAAAUCAGUAAAGAUGUAACCACAUGGAUUUAGUACAUUGUAUGUAAACAGGAUACAGUCAGUAUACUAUUAAUAGAACAUUAUUUUAUAUACAUGUAACUGUUUAUUCGUUGCAUAAUACAGUAUAAAUGGUGAAUAUUUAACAAGGUAUUAUAAUUAUUGAAGCUUUAAGAAUGAGGUGGUGUAACACAUCAUAUAACCAGAUACAAAGUUAAUGAUUUACAAGUGGUAUGAAAUGUCAUUAUUUCUAAUAAAUAUUGUGUAUGUUAAUUUUGUUAAAAUCAUAUUGCUUGUUAUGGAGAAGUCUGAAUAGAUUUUAAAUAAAUCAUAGUAAAUCUU